GCCCCGCUGCAGCCCGGCUCAGCGCUGCGGCCGCCGCCCCCGCCCCCGCAGGCUUCCCUCGGGUCCGCAGCGCCCCGCCGCAGGCUUCCCUCGGGUCCGCGCCCAGCUGUGGGAAAGCACCGGGGAUCCAGCAUGUCUGCCGACGUCUGGGUGGGAACAUGGAGACCCCACCGGCCCAGAGGGCCCAUCGCUGCUCUCUACAGCAGUCCCGGGCCCAAGUACGGGCUCCCCACAAACGUAGGUUACCCCCUUCACGACCCCUCCCGCUACCGAGACCCUGCAUACAGCUUUGGCAUCCGCCACCCCUAUCUGCAGGAUGAGUGCUCCCCGGGGCCCAAGUACAUGGUGCCAGCCAAGAUGACCAUGAAGGGCAAAGAUGGUAACCCUGCCUACUCCAUCUAUGGCCGUCCCAGGGAUCUGAUGCCCUUCCUGACCCCCGGGCCAGGUCGAUAUUCUCCAGAGAAGGCAGGGAAAUGGGCCUAUCGCUCCGCACCCAUCUACUCGCUCGCUUCGCGCACGAAGGAGUUUGCGAAUGACCAGACUCCAGGGCCUGCCGCCUACGGGCUCCCCCCAAUGAUCGGGCCCAAGGUCAUCAACAAGAGCUCUGCCCCCAACUAUUCCCUCCUGGGGCGCAGCUUGAUUGGCACCUUCUGUGAGGACCUGAGCAAGACACCAGGGCCCUGUAACUACCGGGUGGUGGAACCCAGCGUGUACAAGACCCGGGCCCCUCAGUACAGCAUGCUCGCCCGCAACAUGCUUCCUGGGGACAACACGCAGAAACCAGGGCCCGGGGCACACAGCCCGGAGAAGUACGUCCAGCAGCGUGGCCAGACCUUUGGGAUCCGCCACUCCGACUACCUGGCGCCCCUCAUCGUGGACGUGGUGGAUUAAGCGAGCGCGGCCGGAGGAACCGAGGGAGUGGCUGAUUGCGGGCAUUAGCAAGAGGGACGGGCUGGACAAGAAUUGUGCAUUUGAAAAUCUUUACUGACUUAACACUCUGUGCAGUCGUUUUUGGCGAGUCAGCCCCCAGCUCCUCAGGCCCAGGGAGACCUGGGGAGCUUGGAUCUGGCUCCUUCGGGCUGUUCAGCAGCAGCCAGACAGUAGAACUGGAGCAGGCCAUCAUGUGAGUGCUGAGCUCCAGGGAGCGUGUGGAAAGGGGAUGAGGCGAGGUCAGGCUGGCUGCAGUGCUCCAGACAGGCCAGGGUCAUUUGCACUAGCCCCAGUAGCUCAAGGGCCCCCCCUCAUGUUCUGACUUUCACUCCUGGGAGAGAUCCAUUCACAGUGGCGGACACCGGGGUGGCCCACACGCCCAAGCUCUCCUCUCUGUGGUGCCGAGGACGGAGCUAGUCCCAAGUGGGGAGAUUAGGGGACCUAGUGAAGCAACUGGCUCCCACGCAAAGCCCCUCUCCCGUGGCUUCUCUCCUGGGCCUCUGGCGAACAAUUGCUGGAUCCUUGCUUAGUGCUUUUUGCCCACCAGUGAGGAAGUGGAAGGGUCUGAUUUGGACUGCUCCAUGCCCUAAUGUUUCCCCAUCAGCCCCUGGGAUUGUCCCUCUCUGAGCACAGGUCAUUGCCACCAUCAGCUACAAGCUAUUGUCCAGGGCUUUUUCCAGCCUACAAUGGGCUUCCCACCCAUCCCCUGGCUGGCCAGUUUGCUCUCCUCACCCAUCUCUCUGCCAGGGCAUCUUUCCAGACCCUCAGCCUACAUUUCCCUUUGCUCAGUUUGAGCCCACUCCUCCUUAUCACACCCCCUUUAUCAUGCUGAUUCCUCUCCCUGUUCUCCUGCUGCCUUUUGGCUGUCCUAAGCCAGCCUCGGCAGGGUUAGUGCUUUCAGCCUCCUCCUCGCCCCACAACUCAGUGGCCCCUGGCCCCUCAGCAGUAUAGCUGCUCUUAUUUGAGUUCCCUCCACUGUGUUGACAUCUUUCUGGCGCUCAGAUCCCUGGAGCUGAGCACAAGCUGGGCUCUCCCCGGAGCUGUGCAGAGAGGGCCCCGGCCUGCACUGGGAUGAGAGGCCCAGAGUUGAGCGUUCCCCGAGCUGCUCCUGCCGAGCCCCGUUCGCGAGACCCGGUCCCGUUCUGGUUUCCAUUUGCUGAACCUUUUCUGUCUUGUGUCAGGGGAAGGGUCCCACUGCAAUAUGCAGCACGGUCUGUGCUCAUGCUGCAGGCACUCAGGAUAAAAAUUGGAUCCUCCUGCUCCAAAUACACAGGACCCACCCACUUGAGCGACAGGAGAAUCACCCCCAGCUGUCCCUUUCAUCGGGCUCCCAAUACACCGAUGUGAAGUUCUGAUUCUGUGCAUUAGAGGGCAGAGCUCUCCCUAUCGUUCUCUGUGUCACACACACUCUAGCUGGCUCGUUGCAGACGGUAUAUAUUUAUACCCAGAUGUGGUUACAAUAACCACAUCCCCAUCUCCACAGGGGAAACUGAACACAAAAACAAGCUCCAGGCGAGGCACAAACCACCCUAGGGGGUUCUGGGGAGGGAGAACCUGCUUUGGCUCACUGAGCAGGGGGGUUAACUAGGCCCAGAUGUUAGAGAGCAGACAGCUCUUUCUGGAGUGUUGUUCAGUCUAGGGACGUUAUAAAUAUUCCAUGAGAGCAGACUCCCACUGCUUCCCUGGGAAGCAAUUCACCACUCCCAUAGAUUCAUAGACAUUAAGACCAGAAGGGACCAUUAUGAUGACCCGCCUGAUCUCCUAUAUAACACAGGGAACCUCAUGCAAUUGUUUCUGCAUCAUGCCCAGAACUCCUGAUUGAGCUAGUGCAUAUCCUUUAGAAAAGCAUCCAGGUUUGACCCACUGCGUCCUUAGAUCAGAUUUUCCAACGGUUAAUUACCCUCACUGUGAAAACAGGACAUCUUAUUUCUAGUCUGAAUUUUUCUGCCUUCAGGUUCCUCCUUUGUCUGCCAGCUUAAAGAAAUGUCAACAGUCAGAAAUCUCUUCCCCCUGUGGGUAAUUGCAGACCAUGGUCAAGUCCCCUCUUAACCUACCCUUGGAUAAACUAAAGCGGAUGAGUUUCCUUAAUCUCUCACUAUAAGCCAGGUUGUCCAGAGCUCAGAUCCUUUUCCUGACUCUUUCCUGAACCUUCUCCAGUUUUUCAACAUCUUUUUUGAAGUGCAGACACCAAAACUGAGCACAACAUAUACUAAUGUAGGGAAGCCAUGAUUGUACCUGGCCAUGGGUCAUCUCCCUACCUCCUCUGCUGAGGGCAACAGAAAUCCCACCUUCUCAGCCUAAGCAGACUCCGCUGUCCCUCUUCCUGUUAGCAACAGGCCCACCUCAACCCCGGAGCCCUCCGAGGGGCUCCCUGGAGCAUCCAGCCCUGCUCCAGCGGACACUCACAUGUUUCACUGCUCCCGAAGGAACAGCCCAGCCCACCUUACCAGCUUCACCUGAGAUCACGGCACCAAUUCACACACAGCCCUUAGGCAUGUUUAGAGUGAAAACAAGCAGAGUUUAUUUAAUAAAGAGUCAAAUGAUAGCAAAUAGGAAUACUGGAAACAAAUGGUUACAUAUCAAAUAAAAGCAGAACCCGCAUUGUAAAACCUGGACGUAUUUAACUAACGCUCACCCAGAGUCCUUGCAGAGUUUUGCAAUCAGGCCUAGCUGUGCUCCGUUUUCAUGAGGGAAGCCACGCUAUCAGCUUGUCUCCAUGGUGAAAGGGAUGGGGACGGGGUGGGGGGAGGAACCUCUGCCCCCCAGGGAUGCUUCAACACUCCAGGGUCUUUACUCACAAACAGGAUGCUGUCCUGCUUUUUUU